AUGAAAAAUUCGACCGAGGACGAAGUCAUAUCAGCCGCCGCCAUAUAUGACAGCUACUUGGAGGAAGAUUACGUGACGAAAUGUCUGCGGCCGGCGUUGCCCUGCACCAAGCAUUGCACCCUCCACAUCAUGCUCAAUCCCGAGCAGAUGCUCUUCGAAUACUGCACGGCCAAGUUCGCGGACAACACCCAGUGUGCGACGCCCGUCUUCGAUAUCUCGCACGAGAUACCGCUGUGCGCGGAACAUGCGAGGAAAAGGGUGAAAUCUCCCGAACUGGAGGUCGAAGACAUGCAAAUGGUCGAACAGGUGCUCAGUUUGAACGAGAACGGAUUGGAACAGGCGCUGGUCACGCAAGCGCACCUGCUGGAAGAAACGGACAUCAAUACCGUCCUCAGCACCAUACAGGUAGACGAGUUCAGCGAUUUCUUCACAGUGAAUCGGAAUGGAGAGUACGAGCCGUCCCGAGAAGAAGCCGAAGAACUGGAGAAAGCCUUGGCUGAGGUCGACAACGACGUGAAAUCGUUGGAAAAGCUGAGCCAGACUCAGGGGCUGCUCGACUCGCUGUUGGACGAGACUAACUUGGCUGAAACUCUCGUGCAGGGCAGCAAAAGGACGGCCGCUGAGGGACUAAUAUUGGCGGUGGACCCUUCUUUUGUAAAACGUCAAAUUGCAACUGUUCUGCUGACGCCCUACAGAAGAAGGAUUUCCCAUGAAACGCUGAUCUGUGGCUUUCUAGUUCAACUGCUUAGGGGGUGA